AAAGCAGGAAGGAGGCGGGGCUUCUGUGGAGGCGGCCUGGGAGGUCACUGUCUGACUGAGGCUUUCCCAAAGCAAGGCUGGGGAGAGGAAUGGAGCCCUGGCGCCCCAGCCCCAGAAAACCAAGGGACUGGAUAGAUCCUGACACCUUCCUGUUUCAUUUUCCAAACCUCCGCUACGCUAAUGGCCGGAGACUCUGCUAUCUCUGCUUCCAAGUGGAGAGAGAAGACCACUGCUCAUAUGACGACGGGGACUGGGGAAUUUUUGAGAGCGAGGUCCAUCCCCAGGCUCGCUGUCAUGCAGAACUCUGCUUCCUAUAUUGGUUCUAUGACCAAUACCCAUCCCGUGAUGAGCAUUACCAUGUCACCUGGUGGGUAUCCUGGAGCCCCUGUCCCACCUGUGCAGAGAAGGUGAUCGAGUUCCUGGAGGAAUAUAGGAACUUGGAACUGAGUAUCUUCACCUCCCGCCUCUACUUCUCCCGGCACGAAGAUUACCAGCAGGGGCUUCGCUGUCUAUGGAAUUCAGGGGUCCAGUUGGACAUCAUGUCCUAUGAUGAUUUUGAAUACUGUUGGGACACCUUUGUGGACCACAAGGGAAUGCGCUUCCAGAGACGGCAUAUGUUAAAAGAUUAUGAUUUCCUGGUCACAGAGCUUGAGGAAAUCCUUAGAACCAAGAUGAAUCCACUACGAGAAGAUAAAUUCUACUAUCAGUUUGGCAACCAGCACCGGGCCCCAAAGCCCUACUGCCGGAGGAAAACCUACUUGUGCUACCAGCUGGAGCAGCUGGACGGCCCCAUGAGUGUCAAAGGCUGCCUUCAAAACAAGAAAAAGCGCCAUGCAGAAAUACGCUUUAUUGACAAGAUCAAGUCAUUGACACUGGACCCAUCCCAGAGAUUCGAAAUCACCUGCUAUAUCACAUGGAGUUCCUGCCCCACCUGUGCGGGGGCCCUGGUGGAUUUUGUCAAAGGCCACCCCCACCUCAGCCUGCGGAUCUUUGCCUCCCGCCUGUACUUCCACUGGCUCAAGAAGAAUAUUCUGGGGCUGAGACACCUACAGGAGUCCGGAGUCCUCAUGGCUGUCAUGGGCCACCGAGAGUUUGAGGACUGCUGGAGAAAGUUUGUGGACCACCAGGACAGGCCGUUCCAGCCCUGGGACAACCUGGACCAGAACAGUAAAAGCAUAAAACGUCGGCUCCAGAGGAUCUUGAUGCCCGUGAAUGAUUUAAGUGAUAACUUCAGCAAUUUGAAACUUGAAUGACCAUCAAUCCCCACCCCACUCCUGGAGCACCUCAAUGCUUCAUAAACUGCUGACUUUCAGGAGCAAGUUGUGAGCUCCAUGUGCCCACUGGACCCUCUCCCCUCCCCUGUCCCCCUCCCAGCCCAGAAAACCCUUCUUUCUCUCUUCAUUCUUUUGUUUUCUUUUGUAA